AACAUUUAACAUGUGCAGAAAUGUUGACAAUUUUUUCAAUCAGUCAUUUGGGCAUUUGGCUCCAUACAGUAUUUUUUUUUUUGUCUUAUUAAUGUUACUGCCAAAAUUAGGGAGUAAAAGAUUAAAUUAAGAUUUGGACAUAAAGUAUCUUUCCCACCUCGUAUGAUUUCUAAAUAAAUUUGCUACAACUGCAUUUAUGCUGUACAUAGUACCUAAAUUCGUAUGCACAGUUCAUUUAACGUCGUUUCUUCGCCUUUUAAAAACUGUACAGGAACCAAGCACAUACGAGCAGUGGUCGAUAGAGGCCAAAAAAAAAAAAAAAAGCAAAUAUUUCGUUCGAUCCUAACCAUGUAUAUUCACAUGGAUUUAAGGGAGGAUAAUCCCAAACCGGUAUGCUUAAAACUGCAGCGUUGCAAUCUGAAAUCAUGGUUUCUUAAUCCUCCAUAUCCGAAUUAAGUAGCAUUUCUUCCCUCCUAUGCAAAUAUGCUCAAGCUACGACAGUUUUAAGGGCGAGGGAAGGGAAAUCCGAGGCUCUCCAGAUGGUGGAUUCCGACUCCUCUUUGGGGCCAUCUGGGGAAUCGGAAUCCGACAAUAUAACUGAGAGCCACAGGUUCCAACUUCUACUACACCCGCCGUUUUGGAAUUAAAACCUCCCCGAAUCGCCCGGGUUUCUUGCAGACGUCGCCUGCACGGCUGAGCACUCUCGGGGAACGCACUGCUCCUAGCUGGGAUUACUCGUCUGCAAAACCCUCCCAUUCCCCAGAGCCCUGCGCCCAGGUUUGGGAGGGCAGCCUUAAUCUAGCCUUCAAUCCGAAGUCGAGACGGCUGUAUUUCGGAGAGGUUUCCAGGCUCAGCUUCAGCAACGCUUCCUUGUUUCUCUCAAGCGCAGUGCUCGGCCGCCUCGAGGAAUAAAAGGUGGGGAUCUGGCGCGUUUGCUGCCCGUAUUGUCUCGGAAAGACAGACCUCGGCGUUACCCAGGAGCGAAGCAGUUUGGACUCCGCCUAACUGACACUAAACUCCCUCCCUCCCCGUAGCUAGCAGCAGUAGAGCAUUUAACAGCAGGCGGAGGCAGCAGCAGCAGCAGCAGCGAAGCAGCAGCAUCCGCCCUUUCCCUCCAGCCCUGACGGUGCACAGAGUCUGACGAGCUGCUGCCGCUGCCCGCGCCCUCCCUUCCUCUCCCAGCCUCGGAGGAUGGGCUGCAAGAGGCUGUGGGGCAUCUCUCGAUCUUCCUGAGAACCGGCCGACCGAAGGGAGCGGGAGUAGCAGCAGCAGCAGCAGCAGCAGCAGCCGCCGCCGGAGCUGGGGUCGUAUGGACGGAGCAACCAUGAACGCCCAGGUCUCCGCCUCCUCUCCUGCCUCUUUCCAAGAGCUCCUUGCUGCUGCCGAUGAACAGAGGACUCCAGUGUAAAGGGAGAAGGAGGAGGAGGAGGAGGAAGACGAAGAAGAAGAGGAGGAGGAGGAGAAGGAAGAGGCGGCGGCGAGCCGAGGCGUGAUUGGGUCGCCUUGCCCAAAGGUACAAAGGUGUCGAAGGGGGAACCGGGCAAGGCGCUCUCUUGCCAAACAUGUCCUCGUCUCCUUCUCCUUCUCCUUUUUCUUCGCUGGGGCCCCGCGGGCCUCGGCCCCCCGCCGUGCCUCCCCCCAUGCAGGAGCUGCCCGACCUGAGCCACCUGACAGAAGAGGAGCGGAACAUCAUUAUGGCUGUGAUGGACCGCCAGAAAGAAGAGGAGGAGAAAGAGGAGGCCAUGCUCAAAAGAUUACACCAACAAUUUGAAAGUUACAAAGAGCAAGUACGAAAAAUAGGUGAAGAAUCCCGUCGUUAUCAAGGAGAACACAAAGAUGAUGCACCCACGUGUGGGAUCUGUCACAAAACUAAGUUUGCUGAUGGUUGUGGCCAUUUAUGCUCUUACUGCCGGACAAAGUUUUGUGCCAGAUGCGGAGGCCGUGUUUCCCUACGAUCAAACAAUGAGGACAAAGUGGACAGGAAUAAUGUAUCCGCUAGCCAUGGACCACUGUUGGAAGGGCCAGAGACAGUUAUGUGGGUAUGCAACUUAUGCCGGAAACAACAAGAGAUCCUAACUAAAUCUGGAGCAUGGUUUUUCGGGAGUGGUCCACAACAACCAUCCAGUCAUGAUGGUACAUUGAGUGACACAGUUACGGGUGCUGAAUCUCCUAGAGAAAAGAAAGCUAGGCUCCAGGAACGGUCACGAUCUCAAAUACCCCUAAGCACAGCAGACACAACUUCACAAGACAUAUCCUCUGGUGUGCAAGCAAACAGAAGGAAAGCCCCAGAAGUGUCUCAACAAACUAUGGGCCUGGAACAGAAACAAACUGCUUCUAGAUCUAGAAGUGAACCCCCAAGAGAGAGGAAGAAGAUACCCACCGCUUUUGAGCAAAAUGGAAAAGGAGGUGUGAAAGCUGAGCGCAGGCGUGUGCCAAAGUCUUCACUACAGCAGAGUGAAGGACAAACAGAUGAGAAGGGAAGUAAAGAAAGGCGUGAUGGGAGAAGAUUGGAGAAAGGGAGGUCUCAAGACUACUCUGACUUCCCUCCCCAUUUUGAGGAAGGCAAGACAGUUAAUGAAGAAAAACAGAGGAAAGAAGAUGAAUAUAGCCGAUAUAGGAGCGAUCCAAAUCUCGCAAGGUACCCUGUGAAGCCCCAUCCUGAAGAGCAGCAGAUGCGGAUGCAUGCAAAAGUUUCAAAAGUGCGGCAUGAGAGAAGACACAGCGAUGUUGCCUUGCCUCAUACCGAAGUUGAGGAGCCUGAGGUACCUGAGAAUAGCCUUGGAAAGCAUUCACAGUUGCAAGAAACUCGGGAUAUAAAAUCCCAGAUGGAUGCCCAGAGGAUACAUCCAAUAGAAAGAACAGGCGAUGUCAGGGUUUCCGUUUCUAAACAAUUAAUUUCUCAUACUCCAUCAACGCCCCGCCAUAGCAUGGUUCUGACAGAACAUUUAGAAUCCAAAAACCAUGAUUCCUUUAAAGCACAAACUCGCUUAGAUCCUAGCUCAGCUCUUCUCAGUCGGAAAGCAAAGCGAGAGAAAAUAGAAACCAUGCUAAGGAAUGAUUCCCUUAGUUCUGAUCAGUCAGAAUCAGUGCGACCAUCUCCCCCAAAGCCUCAUAGAUCAAAGCGUGGUGGGAAAAAAAGGCAGAUGUCCGUCAGCAGCUCUGAGGAAGAAGGAGCAUCAACACCUGAAUAUACCAGCUGUGAUGACGUAGAAAUAGAAAGCGAAAGUGUCAGUGAAAAAGGUGACUUGGAUUAUUACUGGUUGGAUCCUGCCACAUGGCACACUAGAGAUACAUCCCCUAUUAGCUCGCAUCCUGUAACUUGGCAACCAUCUAAAGAGGGAGAUCGAUUAAUUGGUCGUGUUAUUCUCAACAAGAGAACAACUAUGCCAAAAGAGUCAGGUGCAUUACUGGGACUCAAAGUUGUAGGAGGAAAAAUGACCGAUUUAGGACGACUUGGUGCCUUCAUUACCAAAGUAAAGAAAGGUAGCUUGGCUGAUGUGGUGGGACAUCUAAGAGCAGGUGAUGAAGUUCUAGAGUGGAAUGGUAAACCACUUCCUGGAGCUACAAAUGAAGAAGUUUACAAUAUUAUUUUAGAAUCCAAAUCAGAACCUCAAGUUGAAAUUAUUGUUUCAAGGCCUAUUGGGUUCUUUUGUAGGUUUAAUUCAGCAAACUCCUUCAGUGACAUUCCAAGGAUUCCCGAAACUUCUCAUCCUCCACUAGAGUCUAGUUCUAGCUCAUUUGAAUCUCAAAAAAUGGAACGGCCUUCAAUUUCUGUUAUUUCCCCUACAAGCCCUGGAGCUUUAAAAGAUGCACCACAAGUCCUACCUGGGCAACUGUCAGUUAAACUGUGGUAUGAUAAAGUGGGGCAUCAGUUAAUAGUGAAUGUUCUUCAAGCAACAGAUCUGCCACCUAGAAUAGAUGGACGACCAAGAAACCCAUAUGUGAAAAUGUAUUUUCUUCCAGAUAGAAGCGAUAAGAGUAAAAGAAGGACAAAAACAGUAAAGAAAAGCUUAGAACCAAAAUGGAACCAAACAUUUCUCUAUUCGCAUGUGCACCGUAAAGAUUUUAGAGAACGGAUGUUAGAAAUCACUGUUUGGGAUCAGCCAAGAGUGCAAGAAGAAGAAAGUGACUUCCUCGGAGAGAUUCUCAUAGAGUUGGAGACUGCACUUUUAGACGAUGAUCCACAUUGGUAUAAGCUGCAGACCCAUGAUGAAUCCUCACUACCUCUUCCUCAGCCAUCACCUUUCAUGCCAAGGAGACAUGUCCAUGGUGGAGAAAAUUCCAGCAAAAAAUUGCAAAGAUCUCAGCGAAUCAGUGAUAGUGACAUCUCAGAUAAUGAGGUUGAUGAUGGUAUUGGAGUAGUUCCUUCAGUAGGCUAUAGGUCUAGCAGUAGAGAAAGUAAAUCUGCAACAUUAACUGUGCCAGAACAGCAAAGAACAACUCAUCAUCGUUCACGAUCUGUAUCUCCUCACCGUGGUGACGAUCAGGGCAGGACCCGUUCUCGUUUACCAAAUGUGCCAUUACAGAGGAGUUUAGAUGAAAUUCAUCAAAUGAGAAGAUCACGUUCUCCAACUAGACACCAUGAUGCCUCCCGAAGCCCAGUUGACCGCAGACCCAGAGAUAGGGAUAAUCAGUAUUUAUCAGAUCAAGAAGGUGAGCUUCUUAUGCUGCCCAGGGCAAAACGAGGAAGAAGUGCAGAGUGCCUACAUACUACCAGAAAUUCUAUUAGGCACUAUAAAUCACUACCUCCCAAGAUGCCUUUAUUUGAGAAUGGCACUUACUGGAAUCUUUACAGCUCAACCCUGCCUGCAUAUAUUAAGGCCAAAUCAGUGCUUAGUCAGGAUAAUUCACUUCAUCCUAAUUGCCUUAACUCACAUGUAUCAAGAUUUGCAGGAGGACUGUUGGUUAGUGAACUGCAGCCCUCGCUUGACAGGGCUAGGAGUGCUAGUACUAACUGCUUGAAGCCUGAUACUAGUUUGCAUUCACCAGAACAAGAAAGAAGUAGAUGGUCCCCCUCACUAGAUAGAAGACCCACUAGUCCCCGGAUUCAUAUCCAACAUGCAUCUCCGGAGGAUGACAGAACAACACUGCCGGAGUCUUGCAAUCCAAAACAAGACAGUUUAAACUUCCUAAGUGCUAAUCCAGAAGAAAUACAGAGGCAUCCCAGAAAGGUGGAAAGAUACAGCACCCAAAAACAGAUUAGGAAAAGCUCUGCAUCAGAAACAGAAAGAAUGCGCCAACCAGGAGGUCCUAUGCAGUCAUCUCCAGCAGAUAUGUCCUUCAGCCGUAAGGGGAGACAGCUUCCACAAGUUCCCAUCAGGAGUGGCAGUAUAGAGCAAGAACAAGAGACUUAUAGUUCAUCAUCCAAAGUAAAUUUAGUAGUGGAGGAGCGAACAAGACAGAUGAAAAUGAAAAUGCACCGGUAUAAUCAGACAACAGGGUGUGGUUCUAGUCAAGAACUUGAACAUGAGCAAUAUACUAAGUAUAAUAUACAAACCGAUCAGUACAGAAGUUGUGAUAAUGUCUCUGCCAAGUCCUCAGACAGUGAUGUCAGUGAUGUGUCAGCUAUUUCCCGCACCAGCAGUGCCUCUCGCCUCAGCAGCACAAGCUUUAUGUCAGAGCAAUCCGAGCAUCCAAGAGGCAGAAUCAGAUCAAAAUCCUUAGAGAACUGCAAAGUUGAUGGCAAAAAAGACAGGAGGAUUUCGUGGGAGUUAGAUGACAAGACGGGGCACAGUGGGAAAAAAAAGAUGAGAAGGCAUACUGUUGCUGAUGUGAGUACGUUUACUCCUAAAAUGCAAGGCGGAAGGAUGGGGACUUCAGGGAGAAUCAUCACAAAGAGCACAAGUGUGAGUGGAGAAGUAUAUAAGCUGGAACAGAAUGAUGGGAGUCAAUCAGAUACCGCAGUUGGGACAGUUGGAACAGGUGGGAAGAAGAGAAGAUCAAGCCUUAGUGCCAAAGUAGUUGCCAUGGUAUCUCGCAGAAGCAGAAGCACAUCCCAGCUUAGUCAAACAGGCACCCCAGAGCUUCGGAGUACUUUGCGUCUCUCACAAAUCAAUGUUGAGUUUUACCUCUUACAAGAAUGGGGCCAUCAGACAUUAAGUGUAUUAUCUCAUUUAUUUCAAUAGGUUUUACUUCCAAAUAAAAAUGCUUCAGACUUGUACCUUAAACGAGAGCCUCUCCAUUGUGUUGAUUUCCUACAUUCACUCUCUUGAUUAAAGUGUUACAUGAAGAACGAAGACACCCUGGUCGUUCUUGUCUGUACUCAUAUGUAUAAAAGAUAUGGUUAGCCUCAGUUGUGGAUAUUUAACUCUAUAUUCUAUUGUAAUAAAACUUAUUGUGAUGAAGAUUAUGUUAUCCAUAAAAAUAUGUUCUAUUGAAAAUAGAUUGGGUUACUUUAAGGAUUCAUAGUUUACAUAAACAUUCAAUGUAUUCUUAAUUGAUACUGGUAUAUGUUUUGGGUUUUUUAUAUAGUACAACACUAGCAAAGACUGCUGUGUUAAGCAAUGUUGGAUCAUAUAUAUAUUUGUCAGAAAAUAGUUAACAAUGAAGUUUUGGCUCAGCUUGGCAGCUGACAUUACUUUUACUCUCACUAUAAUUGUUUUGUUCUUUAUUUUCUAUGAAGAGACAAGAAUUAAUAUAAUCUAUGAAUGGAAUAAAAUAACUCCUGUUUCAACAGAGUGAUGGAUGUAUGAUAGAUGUACAUUGUUUGUGUAGUCAUUUUAGUUCAGUGUAUUCAGAGACUUUUUCCUUCCUUCCUUCCUUCCUUCCUUCCUUCCUUCCAUUAAUUCUUAGCUUUGUCUUCUUUUUUUUUAAUUGAUGUGUUGACUGCCAAACACAAUUUUAGUAUAGUAGAAUUAUUAUGGUUCCUUUCAUUUUCAGGGAAGGGGGGAUUUGCAACUUUCAAUGAAUUAAUGAAUAUUGUAUUAAAUAAGAACUUGUGAGGCGGUUUCUUUGUGUGCCUUGCUACUGGAUGACAAAGCCAUUCAUUGCACAUGGGGCUUCUGCUGGCAGUUCUGAACAAUGCCAUACUUCUCUUGAUAGGGUCAUAUUUUAAAUAGCUGUAAUAAUAGUUGUGUUAGAAUUGUGGAUACAGUUUACGAUGUUAUUAGCCAUUGCUAAUGUGAUUUUGUAUGUGUUUUGUCAAGACAAAUGAAUAUUUUAUGAAGAUAUAAAUUGCUAUAAUAUAAUCUGGGAAAAAUGAACAGGUGUAUUCAUGGUUAUAAAUGUUCACAUUAUUCUGAUUUCUCUACUCAUUUCACUUCACUAAUAGCCUUCUACAUUCAGAUUACUUAAUGAAGUGGUUUUUUCAUAUGUAAAAUGACUGUUCUCAUGAAGUGUUUAUAUCAAUUUCCUUUGUCCUACACUCUAGCUCACAAACUGAUGAAAUCUGCAGUGAAGAAGUAUGAUAUGUGAACAAUGCAUGUGCAUUUUAUAUAAAAGCUUCGGAACUAGAUUUACCAAGCUAUUACCAAGUCCAUUCUAUGUUUUACAUUUGUAUGUAAUUUUUAUAUUCAAUUACCUGGGUAUCAUUAAAUGUAACCCUUUUACAUUCAAUGAGCUGCUUAUAUAACUUAUAUAGGGCUUAUUUACAAGCAAAUGUUAAGGGACAAUAUGGAUGUACUCCAUUCAUGGAAAGAACUUGAUAUAAACUAAGGCUCAAGCAUAUUUAUAACUUUUCCUAGUAUGGAUUGGAUUUUGCUCAUAAGUAAAACUACCUCAGAUCUGAGCUGCAGCCAUCAGGGAUACAGAAACCUUACUUGUUAAGGAUUCAGAGCCCUUUUCAUUAUAAUGCAGGAGAUCUGACUCCGUGUUUUAAUGUUUCACUUUAGGUGAUUUGUGGUGUUCUUCCUUGAAUUGCUUCAUUUGUUCAACUAUUUAUAUAACAGAUAUAAACAAUUGCUCUCUGCCUGUCAGGAAUUAGUUGGUAUUAUAAAACCAAGAGCAGUGCUGGAGAAUUGGCAACAUCAUGAUCAUCCCCUUGAGCUCUGAAGAUGGGGGAUGUGGAGCAAUAUUUUAAAAACUGAUUUUCAGGGUUGUGCUCUUAUGCUUUCUGUUGAUUGCUGCAGGGGGUGAGUUUCUUUAAAGAUGCUGCCCAAUAAAUCUUUCUUCUUCGAUUUCUUAGUUGUAUCAUCCUUUUAUGAUUCUUCCAGAAAUGGGCAUGGGGUCUUCUUGAAUAAAAUGAAGAUGACCUCUGCAAAAAGUCAUGAAAUGCUCAGGAUGUAAGAAAUGGGUGUCCUUGCUGAGAGGUUAGGACACACCACAUGGUUACCAGCAGGUGUUUGUUGUAAAGAGCUAGCACAGCAGGUUCUUAGCAUUGGUAUGCUACUUUCCAAAAAAGCCAAUAGUAUAUGGUUGUGUAAGGUAGAAACAAUCUUGCUUAUGAUCUCCUGACCAUUUUUGCUUUCAGAGGAGCAAACAGACACAGAUAACAAAAACUAAUGGCAGAUUAUAUCUGUGUGAAUGUGGGUGUGGGUGCACAUUUAUGAAAGGGCACUUGAGAACCUACAUUUGAUUUUCCAUCCAGAUUUUUGAAGGUUUAUGAUAUAUUUCCUACUGAAGAUUUACUAAUGUAGACAAUAUUUAACUUUGCUUAUGCUUAAGAUAUGUUUGUAUAAUAUGUAUGCUAUAUAAGUCUGUUUUCCGUCAAAGGUAUAAUCAGUUUUAAUAGAAUAGAAUGACAGAGUUGGAAGGGACCGUGGAGGUCUUCUAGUCCAAUCCCCUGUUCAGGCAGGAAACCCUACACCAUUGCAGACAAA